AUGAAAAGUCUAUUUCGUUCUCGUCUUCCUGCACCAUUAGAAACAGCUCAAACUAAACGAUUAAGUAAACAAUUUCAUUUACCGGAAGAAGAGAUUGAAGAAUGGUAUGAACGAUUUCAACACUGUUAUCCUCGUGGUCUUUCUUCAAAAGAAUUUGUAUUUUAUUUACAUCAAAUACAAAUUAAAAAUGGAAAAGAUAAACGUCCAACAAAAUCUAUCGUCAAACGACUUUUUCGUUUAUUAGAUAUAAAUCAAGAUAAACAAUUAGAUUUCGAAGAAUUUUUUCAAUUUAAUAUAUUAAUUAAUCAAGGUUCAAGUGAAAAUAAACUUAAACUAAUAUUAAGUUUAUAUGAUAAAGAUAAACAAAAAUAUUUAACACGACAACAACUUGAAAAUGUUCUAAUUAAUAUGUUUGAUUUAUUAGAUAUUCCCAUACCAAAUAAUGGUUUAUCCGAAAGAAUCAAUACGAUUUUAACACGUGGUAAUUUUAACAAUCAAAAUUCAAAAAUAAGUUGGCAUGCAUUUCGUACACAUAUUCUUGAUAAUUCAUCAUCAUUUAAUCUUCUAGUAUCCAAUGAUGAUUGGGACUAUUUAAUAACAAGAUUUUAA